UGACAAAAAGGCAUAUGACUACCAUAAUUGAUUAAACGAUUAUAAUGUGCUCAUCGGUCCAAAAGCGCGUACUGGUUGGAAAUAUGAUCACGGUAGUAUUCGAGUGCAGCCAGUAGUGCUGUCCGUCGGGACUGUGACAGUUAUCCAGGUCUCGGUGAAAGCAAUUGCCGAUGCUCAGUGAUGGUUAAAGGUGAGGAGUGCUGAGAGGCGUUGUUGUGGGCGUCGUCGUCGUCGGCGACGUUGAAACCAAAACGAAACUUCCUGUUGAACGCUACGAUAAUGACGUAUUGCGCACGGGAGCCUUUACAACUAGGGACGUCGAGCUGUUUGGCUGCUUCUCGUGUAAUGGUAUCUUGACGAUGAAGCAAAUAACCCCAGAGGUUAAACCUUUACAAAUAUCGACACAAUCUUAUUGGCAAUGUUCCAUCGUACAAUCGACUCAAACUGGCCGCGUUUAAAGUAAUAUGUAAAGCUCACUGAAAGGGUUGGUCGUUGAAUGAGCAAAACGUUCAACCGAAUGGUUUCGCCUACCUGUGUGAAUGUGUAACCACGCCUGAUUCGAGAUCGAAAAUCGUAGUUGUCAAAAAAAGGGAGAUUCAAACCUUAGAGUGAUUCAAGCUAGGAAUAAGCAAGCAUACACCUUUUAUGUGCUAGAUAGUCAAGUUGGACAAGCUACUGGACGCAGUGCGACUACAUAAUAACCACAGUGACUCGACAGACAAACAAACACUAUACCAGUACGGCGUAACCGCCACAGCCUAGCCGACGGGUUUUCAUGGACGACGCCGAUCUACGGGGUGAAGGAUGACUACUGCAACGGACGCUGGACAACCUUCAAAAUUUGUUUUUGAGUCAACGUUUUACCCUAAGAUCACCCCGACGGACCGGAUAUUAUCGGAGCCUUUCCUAGCAGCAUCCCAUGUUGUCGUUGAUUUUUUGGCGAUGCUUGGAGGUAUUUUUUCGCCUGUCAAGGCAGACAUUAAUGGACACAUUGAGAAGGUGAAGAAGCUGGUGCUAUUUGAUCCGCAUAAAUUCAAGUACUUAGACUCUAUGCUCGAUCCAAGAGUGGAGGUCGACAAUCAAGAACAGAAGCGUCGGCAGGAAGCAGUGAUUUCGUUAACCUGGCUUAAACGAAGCUGCGAGUUCAUCCUUUUUUUUCUCAGUAAAUUUAUUGAUCCCAAAAACCUCAAAGAGGAAGAUAUACGGCCGUACUUUCGUGAGGCAUACGAGUUCAAGUUAAAGAUGCACCAUAAUUUUUUCGCGCAAAAGAUCUUUCAGGUCUGCGUCUACGCAGCGCCUAGCCGCCAACGUAUGAUUGAAGUAUUAACGGGCAAAGGCGACAGGUCCGAACAACAAGUGUACAACAUCAUGGGAGUAUUUCUGCAAGGCAUGAGGGCAAAUGUCGAGUGUCUCAUUCGAGCGUUCAACAAAUUUGGACACCAACAAUAGAUGAAUGAACAGAAAUUAAAUCAGCUUCAAUAUCUAGCAUCUGGAA